AUGUCGGAACGAAAUCAUGCAAUCGUCUUCGGCGCCGCUGGCCUUAUCGGCUGGUCAACUGUCAAUCAACUACUAUCCAACUAUCCCGCCAAGGGCUCGUUUGACAAGGUCACUGCCGUGAUCAACCGUCCACUACCAGAAGCCGAAUUCCACUGGCCACAGAACUCUUCAAGCCGACCUGAGUUGCAAAUAGUGCCAAAAGUAAACCUGUUUGAUGUGACUGCGGAGGAGUUAAGUCAACAGUUGAAGGCCAAUGUCAGCGGCAUUAAGGACGUUACGCAUGUUUUUUAUUUUGUCUUCAAAGAGGUCAACGACAAUCACAUCCUUGAGUGCCAGGUAAACUGCGAAAUGAUGCAACGCGUUGUUGACGCUAUCACUUCUUUGUCGCAUAAGUUGAAAUCAGUCGUCUACCCUGGUGGAACUAGAGGUUAUGGAAUAUAUGUACCUGGAGGGACCUUUCAGCCUCCACUGGAAGAAUCCAUGGCGGAUAAUCUUCCAGAAGACUAUGCCAAGACCGUCGCGUAUCCAUGGUUCAGAAAACUCCUCACCAAAGCUAGCGAAGGAAAAAGCUGGACGUGGACGGAGGUAUGCCCCGACGCCGUGGUCGGCUUCACUCCGAAUGGAUCUGGAUGGUCACUUGCGUUGCACUGGGCUCAAUACCUUUCACUAUAUGCCCAUAACCACAAAAGUUCCGCAGACAAGUCAACCUCUCCUGUGGAAGUCCCGUUUCCUGGCACUGAAGGUGGAUUUGACGGGCUUUUCACCCCCGUGUCUUCACACACUCUGGGGCGUGUUAUCGUCCACGCUUCUUUGAGCACAGAUAAAUGCGGCGGCAAGAUCAUCAACGUAGCCGACAGCGAGAACCCAACAAAAUUUCGAGAAAUUUGGCCAGCUCUCGCCGAAUGGUUUGGCCUUAGAGGCACAGAUCCCAGUGGAGAGGAGAAUGUCCUCAAGCCUGGUGAGUAUGUUCAAAGGCACAAACACCUUUUCCAGGAGAUGGGUCUACACAAAGCUGUUACUGCAGGGGUUGGUGCAGGAGCGUCGCAGCUCGAUAGCGUGGGCUACUGGUUGUCUUUUGACAGACAACUCAGCUUGAAAAGGCUUAGAGAAGUUGACUUCGUGGAAGAAAGAGAUCCGAUUGAAGGCUGGUUGGAAGCACUAGAGCAAUUCAGAGAGGCUGGUAUCAUUAUUUAA